AUGGGUUCACUUGACUUACACCCACUACAGCACAUUCGCAAGGUGUUAAUAGCGAAUCGCGGCGAGAUUGCUGUUCGCUGCAUAAAUGCCUGUCGGAAACUUGGGCUUCAAGUUGUCUCAGUGUUUACCAAUGCAGAUGCAACUUCACUGCAUGUGAAGUUGGCAGACGAAGCAAUCCUUUUACCAGGCGAGGAUAGCUCGGCUUAUACAGACGGGGAUGCCAUAUUGGACAUCUGCAAGCGCACAGGUGCAAAUGUCGUAUUUCCCGGAUAUGGCUUCCUCAGUGAGAACGCAGAGUUCGCUGACACAAUUUCCUCUGCUGGCAUCAUCUUCGCUGGCCCUUCCACGGCUUCAAUAAGAGCCAUGGGCCUAAAACACGAGGCCAGAGGUAUUGCACAAUCGGCCAAUGUCCCAGUCAUCCCUGGAACUCAACUAUUGGCGUCUGCUGAAGCAGCUACCAAAGCGGCGACAGAGUUGGGCUUCCCUGUUAUGCUGAAAGCUACUGGAGGCGGCGGUGGUAUGGGUCUUCAGAUUUGCAAUUCAGCAGAUGAGAUUGCGAAAGCUUUUGCUAUGGUCGAGAGUCGCGCUGGUACGCUCUUCAAGAACAAGGGAGUCUUCUUGGAAAAGUACUACCCUCGUUCUCGCCACAUCGAAGUCCAAGUUGCAGGCAACGGGGAAAUCGUUGUCGCCUUUGGAGAACGCGAGUGCUCGCUACAAAGACGCCACCAGAAAGUUGUCGAGGAGUCUCCGAGCCCAUUCUUGGAACGCCAUGCUGGAUUACGCGAAAGAAUGCUUGACGCAGCCAUCAGUUACGCACUCCAGCUGAAGUACAAGAGCGUUGGCACAGUUGAGUUUCUUGUUGACGACGACACUGCGCAGUUCUUUUUUCUCGAGAUGAACACUCGAUUACAAGUGGAGCAUGGUAUCUCUGAGCUGUGCUACGGAGUUGACUUGGUCGAGUUGAUGUUAAGACAAGCAGAUUACGAACUUCGAGGCCAAAUUGGCAUCCCCUCUGAGACUCUCAAGGGCCUUGGAAGACCUCAGCCCCUUGGCUCAGCGAUCGAAGUUCGUGUUUAUGCCGAGAUACCGCUCUGUAACUUCGCACCCAGUCCUGGUGUUCUCCAGCACGUUCAUUGGCCACAAGGCGAUGGUGUGCGAGUUGACACUUGGGUCCAAAGCGGCCAGCGCAUCACUCCUCUUUACGAUCCCUUAAUCGGUAAGGUUAUGGUCCAUAGUCCCGACGGUCGAGAAGCUGCGCGACGCAAGAUGCUUGCAGCACUGGCGGAUACAGAACUUCAGGGGACUCAGUCUAACCUUGAGUACCUCUCUGCAAUUCUAGACUCGGAGUUAUUCGCAAGUGGGAACACCCUGACCAAUUCGCUAUCGACUUUCGAGUUUAAGAGUUGCUCCAUGCAAGUCCUUGAGCCCGGUGUAUCCACCACGAUCCAGGAUUAUCCAGGGCGCGUCUCUGUUGGACACGGCGUGCCCCCAGGAGGACCCAUGGAUGAUCUUAGUGCUCGGAUAGCAAACAUUUUGGUUGGCAACGAUGAAGGAGUUGAGUUAUUGGAGGUGACCCUAUCUGGUCCCAAGUUGCUGUUUCAUGAGGCCGCGAUUGUCAGUAUUUGUGGUGCCGAGCUUCCCAUUGCGGUCGACGGUGGCGCGCAGCCGCUGUGGUCCAGACUUGUGGUCAAACAAGGUCAGAUUUUGAGUCUAGGUAAAGUCACUGGAAGUGGUGCACGAGCAUAUCUCGCUGUUAGAGGCGGCUUUCCCGACGUCCCAGCGUUCCUCGGCUCCAAGUCAACCGCCCCAGAGCUUGGGUUCGGUGGCUACCAAGGUCGAAAACUCCAGACACACGAUAUCCUCGCACUGAGUCCUGAUUCCAAAGUGCAAGCAGCUGAAGCGACAACGUUCACCCUUCCAUCCCAUCACGUACCCAAAUUCGGAAGCACCACUAUCUGUUGUAUCGAUGGGCCGUACGGUUCUGAUGAUAUCCUGACAGAGGAGGGAUCGAAGACGUUGUAUGAAGGGGAAUGGAGUGUCAGUCACAACAGUGGCAGAAGUGGUAUACGCUUGCAAGGACCGCGAUUGAAGUGGGCUCGAACAUCUGGAGGAGGUGGAGGAUCACAUCCGUCUAAUGUGUUCGAGUACGGGUAUCCCAAUGGCGGUGUCAACUUUACUGGAGAGUCUCCCAUCAUAUUUGCUAAUGACCGACCUGACCUUGGUGGUUUCGUCUGCCCAACGACAAUCUGCUCUGGGGAGAUGUGGAAGCUCGGUCAACUCAAACCCGGUGACACCGUUCGGCUGCAAUCCGUUUCAUACGAGGAUGCUCUGAAGAUCACUCACGAGAAAAACGCUUAUCUUGAAGCUCUGGCAGCCUUCGCUAAUGGCAAAACUGGGGAUGUAAGUGCUCCCCAAACAGCCUUCGCCACGAAGCCCCCAUCCUCCAUUCUGCAUCAGUCACCCGCAAGGGGUGUACAUCCCCAGGUGAUAUACCGUCAAGGAGGUGAUACCAGCAUAAUCGUUCAGUAUGGCAACCAGACUUCGGACUUGCGAAACACAGUCUGUGUCCAACUGCUCACUCAGCAGCUGGCAGCUGCGAAACUGCCCAGUGUGCGAGGUGAUCCUAACAUUGCCACCCUCACUGUGCACUUCGACCCGGUCCAUAUAGACCGUUUUGAGCUUCUCCAACAGCUUCUGGCCUUUGAUACGAACAUUGGCGAUACUAGCGGGGUGAAGAUCCCUGCUCGACAGAUAAGACUGCCUGUCUGUCUUGACCACUCUUCACUCAAGGAGUCGGCGCAACGGUACAUGGAGAACAUCAGACCGACAGCUGCAUAUCUCCCAGACAAUGUCGAAUAUCUCCGCAAGAACAAUGCUCUUGCGACGCGCCGAGACGUACUGGACUCUCUUCUCAAAACACCAUGGUUGACUGUUGCCGUUGGUUUCUUCGUCGGAACACCUAUCCUAUUCCCUCUCGACCCAUGGCGGGUGUUGACAGGCCAGAAGUAUAACCCUAGUAGAGGCUAUACGCCCAGUGGCUCAGUAGGACUGGGAGGAUCAACAGUCGCCAUAUAUCCUGUUGCUGCACCAGGAGGAUACCAACUCAUGGGCCGAACACUUGGUGGCUGGGAUUCGACAGGUAACCGGCCUGGCUUCUCUCCCAAGAAGCCUUGGCUGUUCAAUCACCUGGAUCUCGUCAGUUUUUAUGAGGUGACUGAACAAGAGUAUGACAAGAUGGAGCGAGAUUUUGAGGCUGGUCAGUAUACCUUUGACAUUAGCGAAACAGCCAUCGAUAUGGAUCAGUACAUCGCCAAGUUUGAUACAGCAGAGAAGGACCCAGAGUAUCAAGCAUGGCGAGAGCGCCAAUCAGAAGCGGCCGAUGAGUUGGCUGCACUCGAGCAGAAGCUGUUCGAUGAAUGGACCAUCUCAAAACAGUCUGGUGGUGGUGCAGAUGAGGAUGGCGACGUUGACUCGGACGAGAUUGCUGUUAUUGAGUCACCUGUAAACGCGAAUGUAUGGAAGGUCCUCGUCGAGCCUGGUGAUGUACUGGAAGAGGGGCAGACCGUAGCGGUUCUUGAAGCCAUGAAGAUGGAGAUUAAUUUGGUUGUUGGUGAAGAUCAGGUCGGCGCUGAAGUAGUCAAGGUUGCUCAGCCACCGGGAAGUGUUGUAAGUCCGGGAACGGUCGUUGUAAAGGCCCGGAGAAGACAAGAGUAAAUCAUAGUGUACACUAAAUUGAGACAACAAUUGGAUCAGCAACGAAUGUCAA